AUGGGUGAUGAAUUUCCAGUACCUAAACCUAAAGUAAGAAUGGAAGGUAAUGUAUUAACAGAAGAGGAAUACUUGCGAAGAUUAGAAAUAAUAAUAAAAAGAGACUAUUACCCUGAAUUAUUCAAACUUGAUAAAAUGAAAAAUGAAGAUGGGUAAUAUUUUUAAAUAAUCAGAAAUUAGAAAUCUCGAUGAAAAUAUGUCUUUAAGUCAAUUCUUGAGCACUUACACUUCUGAUGAAAAUGUUACAUUAAAUCAAAUAAUAACAAAGAAUGAUGAUUAAUGGUAUUAGAAACAUGCAUGGAUGUUUUAAGUAGAAGAAUAACAUAAACUUAAAUAAGCAGCACUUCAAUCAGAUAAAUUAUAGCAUAUGAUAGAAGGAAAUAGAGAAAAUAACAUCCAAUUAAAUGAAUACAAAGCUUUGAAUCCAUUGUAUUUUAGAAUGGACCCUAGAAAUGAAAAGUAUAAAUAAAAUGUAUUUAGAUUACAACCAGCAAUCUAAGAACUAAAAGAGACAGACAAUUCAUUAAAUUUAUAAAAAGUGGAGAUAAAGAAUACAAGAUUCUCUGAUCAUCAUAAACCUUUAGAAUUUGCAAUUAAUUAAAUAGACCAAAAAUUGUAAAAGAGGAAACUUUAAGAAUGUUUAAAUGCAUAGGGUGUUAAUGUCUUUUAUGGAAGUACUCCAAAUUUGGUUGGAGCCUAAAGGUUUGAAGAUGAUGACAUGUUAGGUCUUUUUUCACCUGCUCCUCAAAAUAUGAAAACUCCAUUGAUGACUUGGGGAGAAAUUGGAGAAACUCCAGUCUAAUUAGAUAGAUCUUAUAUGAUUCCUCCAAGUUCUUAAAGAGAUAAAGUGGGUUCGAAUCUCACUUAAUAAUUGAAUGUUAAGAAGAGAAAUGAAUAGAAAUAAUAAGAAGAGUAUGAAUUCAUUCUAUUUUAAGAUUACUAAAGAGAAGGUUGAGUUCAAUCACACCUCAUAGAAUUAGUAGUUCCAUUUCCUCUAGAGUCAAUUCUGAAUAAAUUAAGAACUUUUUAGAUAGAAGAGGCUCUACCAAUCAUUUUACUCCCUUAGGCCCUAAGAGCAAGAACAUCAAAAAAUAAUGAAUUAUAUAUGGUCGAUCUUUUG